AAACGUCCGCAAAAGAGUAAAAAAGUAACAGCAGCAACAAGAAAGGGAGUGUGUGCAACCCUUAGCGCAGCACUGGGCUAGAAAACGACACGAAAAGAUUUUUUGUUUGAUUUAGUGUUUGCACUGAAUCAGCAGCCAGAUUGAUUGUAACUAAAACAGCUUAUACAUCCUUGUGGCGCUCCGCUUUGGUUUAAUGCGAAGUUAAUUGAGCCCCCUAACCAACCGGCACAACCACCUGACGCAGGCUGAACUCUUCAAAAAUCACGCAACGUAAGGUACACCGUUGCCUUCGCAGCCAUCGCCGCCUACUGCUACGUUGUGUUCACCUGCCUAAAUGCUGUAAACACGUCCUGAGAUACACCCUGCAGAUUGUUGACUAGGAUCAAACAGUAUCAUCAUCAUCAUCAGCAUCACCUUCCACACCGUCACCGUUUGCAAUUGCUUCGUAAAAAGGACAUAUUGUGUGUGUUGUGUGUUCUGUGUGCGUGCCUCUCUGCUGCAGCUUUGGCAUGCUGUGUAACAACAACGACGACCCGAUGAAGAAGUAGUAGUAUCCGUAUUUGGGAUUUCCUUUUUUCAGUUUCCACGAUCGUGUUGUGUUUUUUUCUUAGUUUUGUUUGCAAAGACAUUCGUUUUUGUGAGUUUCUGUUACUGCGUUUUUGUAAUUAUAUUUUGUGUUUAUUAGUGUUUGAUUGUAUAGUUUAUUCUGCAGUAGAAAGAUUGCUUACAAUCCAAAACUACCCGUAAGAGAGCGAGGGAGAGAUAAAGAGAUCACGUAAUAGAAAUUGAACAAGAAUAGCAAAGUUCAAACAAAUUUGCAUCGUGUAUACUAAUCCGUUUGUAUAAGUGUAUUGUGUAAAGUGUAUUGAACGAACUUGCAAAGUGCUCGUAUUUGUGUGUGAGUGUGCGUGUUUUAUUUUAAUUUAUUACGACACCAGAUUUCAUCUGGCACCGAGGACACACUUUGUACCCACUUCGGAACAGGAGGGCUAAGUAAACCCACAACAAAGAGAGAAAGAGAGAGAGAGAGAGAGAGAGAGAGGAUACUCUAGGAAAGGCCAGAGCCAGACAGACAACACGUCAAAAUGAGGAAAACCGACACACAAAUGAACGUAGCUGGCAUACGUCGCAACAUCAAGAACCUCGCCCACAACUACUCCGAUGCGCAGGUGAAGGUGCGGGAAGCCACCUCGAACGACCCAUGGGGCCCUUCGUCCACGAUCAUGGCGGAGAUUGCCGACCUCACGUACAACGUGGUGGCCUUCUCCGAAAUCAUGCAGAUGAUCUGGAAGCGCAUGAACGACCACGGCAAAAACUGGCGGCACGUGUACAAGGCACUGCUACUGCUGGAGUACCUCAUCAAAACGGGCACGGAGAAGGUGGCGCAACAGUGCAAGGAAAAUAUCUACGCCAUCCAAACGCUGAAGGAAUUCCAGUACAUGGAGGAGGGCAAGGAUCAGGGCAUGCACGUGCGCGAAAAGGCGAAACAGCUCGUUUCGCUGCUAAAGGAUGACGAGCGGCUGAAGAACGAGCGGGCCCGCGCCCUGAAGGCGAAGGAACGUUUCGCCCGAACGGCCAGCGGGUUCGGUAGCGAUGGUUCGAUCGAUGGCCCAACGCAGCGUGACCCAAGGCCACCGAACUGGGGUGAAGGCGAACCGAUUGCGGGGGCAGCAACGAGCGGUGUCGGCAAGCCGGUGUCUGAGAUUGAGUUCGUGCGACCGCAGACGGUCGGCGAGGAGGAAUUGCAACUCCAGCUAGCGAUGGCAAUGUCGCGCGAGGAAGCGGAACAGGAGGAGCAAAAGCGCCGCAGCGACGAUGUUCGAUUGCAGUUGGCACUCAGCCAAAGCGAGCAGGACUUCAAGAAAGACGGUGAUCCCCCAGCAGGAAGUAGCGCGUUGGUGGAUUUGUUGGACAUUUCUUUCGCAGCGGCAUCCAUAAGCAGCCCGUCACAGCAACCGCUCGCCGGUCCCUCCGGUACCAGUGGUACGAUCGAUCCCUGGGGAAUGCCCGUUGCCGGUGGAUCCCGACCGACGACGACGGAUCCCUGGUCGCGAACGUCAUCUCCGCCGGCGGUAGUAGAUCCGUGGCUAAACACUGCCUCGGCCCUACCUACGGCGGGACCAUCCACGUCGAAACCUCCGCUGCUUGGAGCGGACACGUGGCAACCGCGCACACAAUCGCCCUCGGUAACGUCUGGUUCGUCGGUUGAGGGAUGGUUGCAAAAUGGUGCAGGUGCGGGUGCCGCUGCCGCCGGACCGAUGAUGAUGAACGGUGCCGGAGCUUCAAAUGGAAAUCUGGACCCGUGGUACAGCAAAACGAAUGCUGUCCCUAUUGGAGCUACUGCGCCUCCCCUGGGCGUUGCGUCUGGCGAUCCUUGGCAAGCGAAUAAACGAUCCACGCCCGUGCCUACUGCUGCUGCUGCUGCCAGUGGUGAUCCGUGGCAGGCAAACGCAUCUGCUGUUAAGCUAGAUCCGUGGGCUCCAGUUAGCAAUAACUCAGCCACGGGAAGUGUUGGAGAUUUGGAAGCUACCUUUGGCGCAGCUGGUGGACCUCUAAUGAAUCGACCCUCACCCGUUGGUGCUAUCACUUCACCGGUGUCCGAUUUGGACGAGUUUGACAUUAUUACCAAGCGGGCGGCAGGCAACAAUAGUAGCGGCAGCACCACCAACAACAAUAAUAACCACAAUGCCGCCAGCAACAAUCUGAAUAACAACAGUUCACUGCUUCUCGGGGACCUAGAUCCACUGUCAUCCUCCGGCACGAACUCAAGCUCACCCAGCAUGGGCGCGUCGACGGCCGCAAAGAAGACACCGCAAUCGUUCCUCGGCGAAAACUCGGCUCUCGUAAACCUGGACAAUCUAAUCAAACCAAUGCCGAGCGGUGGCAGUGUGGCAGCAGCGGCCACAUCGUCCGCGGCAUACAAUCCGUUCGGCGAAACCGGCGGUGCCGGUGCACCCGUACAGAAGAACCUAUUCCAACAGAAUCAACCUCAGGUUCCGUCCAUCAAUCAAUUGAAACAGUCCCCGUUCCCAGUAACGCUUAAUCAGGACCCGUGGGCACCGGUUGCAAACAUGACCACAGCGCAACCAACUGCUGAUGAGGACGAAACGGAAUACUUUCCGUACCCUACGGUUGAUGUGAAUGCAAACAGUGAGCUUUCAUCAGCCUCUUACGCACGUGCGGCUACCGAUUACCAACAGCAACAGCAAUACCAACAACAUCAGCCACAAAAUUGGCCCCCUCCAACGGCUCACAUGGAACACAUCGACUGUCGUCUCAACGAUACCGGUGUUACCAUCGAGGAUGACAUUUUCAACACCAACUACGCAAUGGCACCUUCCGCAGCACCGGGUGGCAACAUCGAACGACAUCUGUCUGCUGCACAGCUGGAUAGUACGCGCCCACUGCGUCAGCUGUACGAUUUCCACUUUGCUGUCGAUGACGAUACGCUCGAUGUUGCCGGUCCUGGUGGAGGAGGGACGUCGGCUUUUACUACUACUACUACUACAGACGCUUUCAAUCAUAAUGACAAUCGUCAGGGUGGUGGCAAUAAUACGACCUUUGCUGAUACAUGUCACGCUAACAACAAUUACCACGCCAAUCUAAACAAUAACAAUAGCGCUCCCUGGAUGAAUCCUCAAUCGUCGAAUCCAUUCCUCUCGUAACAAGUUCCCACAACCCAGCUAGAGGUCCAUGGCGCAGUGCGCCCCUGGCAGCAUCCGCAGAACCUUCGUGCUCUCGAACCAACCAUUAGCAAGGGUGCAAUCAAAAUGAGCUUGUCAUGUGUAUGAAACAUGGAGCAAGCGCCGAGAGGGCGUUGAGAUACAAUCACAAGAGGGUAGUAGAUGAAAAACGGUGAGAAGAAAGGCACGGAUAACGUGAAAUGUAAACCUAACCAAACCAAGUUUUUAAAAAAUUGAGAGGGAGAACAGUAGCAGAACCCAGGAGGCAAUACGACACUAAACUCACACUAACCAACCAACCAGGAAAAGGGUAGUGAAGCAAACAGUAAUAGAAUACAUCGAGCUAGUUUUCUACGUUUCUAACCGGAACCGGAAAUCACCUUUAACGUAAGCAUCUGAAAUUGAGUGUAGAAAACCAAUUGGCAGGAUGAGAGGGGAAGACGCCCUCACCACAUUUUGAGUCAUUUACAUCUCCACACACAUACACACAAACUUUCUCCUACAUGUGAAUUGUGCAACGGAAAUCGUAGUUCAAUAAGCUUACCGAUCCAUGCAGUCGCUGUUCAGCUGUCGCUUGAGGGGAGGAUGGAUCAGAAAGCCAGCAACAAAGUUCUCCAAUUCUGUUUGCUAUGUUGAUGUACUGGCUGGCCAAUUUCACUUCAAUGGAUUAUACCGCGCCCGAUGGUUUCCUCCCAAAAAAAGACGUGAUUUCAGAUAAAAAGUUCCACAAUUUGUUGGAAGAAAGAGAGGAGGAUAUCGAAAGAAGAAAAAAGGAGAGGGAGAUCGAGACACUUGUUACUGAAACAACGAUUCUGCAGCGGCUGUAACAAUUUGUGUGUGUAUGUGUGUCGGGAAAACGACAGAACUGGCCGGCAGGAAGUAGGAUGGAAGGAAGGAUAGGAAGAAUUUAUGCAAAUUAAUGAAAAAUGCCUUAUACUAGUUGAAGAAAGAAGAAGAAAAACGAUGGAACCGCAAGGAGAGAGAGACUACAUUGUGUAAGCUCUUAAAAUAAUACUACAGCUACUACUAAAUGAUAAAUGAAACACUGAUACCACAACACACUAACCCCGGGAGGAAGAGGGGAACAUGUCUGUGCGCAAACAGGUUCUUUCAGGAUGCCUGUUUGCGUUUGUCGGGUUAAGAAAAGAAACGGAAGGGUAAUUUCGGGGAAAAUUAAGUUGUUCAGAAAAGUUACACUUUUUAUUAGCUAGAUUAGGGCUAGCUUCAUCAAAUUGUAUGAUCAUCGUUUGUUUGUUUUUUUGCUCCCUUCUUAACAGUUUACAUUGUACUCAAAAGCAGCAUCUCCUUUGGGUACUUUCUUUUGAGCCUUGGUUCUAUUAUAUUGACAAAGUUGAAUUGGUUAUUCCUAAAUUGAUAAAUGUCCUAAUGUCCACCGUAUAUGUUUAUGUUGAUCCCCAGGAAGUAUGAAUGUACACAGUUUAAUUUAUUAUAUUUGCUUCCUUGGAACAACUGACAAAAUGUGUGUGUGUGCGCGGGCGAGAGUUCGUGUCACUUGGAAGAGAUUUGGCGCAAAGCUCGCGCAAACUAUUGUGCUAUUAUACGUUCUAUUCUGUUCUUGAGAUCUAUUUCCAUUUCUGUUUGCUACCUUUGGCUCCUUCCGUUUCAUUGCUCUUUAAUGUAUUAUUUAGCGUAAGAUAACGCAAAGGCCGGUCUUAUUUCAUUGGUUGGGACGGACUAUGAUUUAAAAAUAAAGGAAUCGAACAACAAUGAUA